CAGAGACAUUUUGACACAAGUGGCUCGCUUUGGACAUUGUUCGGAUUGGGUUUUAUUCCCGCAUCCUAUGCGUGUUUGGAUUUAAAAGGUUAUUUUCUUCAAGAUAGAGAAACUUUUCGUCAAAAGACGUUGAAGGCUCCAAGCUGAAAUAGAGAAAUGGAGAUUGAUUAGGGUUUUGGUCCAAUAAAUUUUUUUUUAAUGUAGAGGACUAGGGUUUUAGUCCUGUGAUGCAGAGAUUUGAGGGUCCUCCGUGCCGGAUUUUAAUAAAUCCGGAAUCAACCCAUGUCGAUUUCUUGUUGCUACUGCCCUGCUCGACGGCCCCCGGUUCUAUUACCGACCAUUUCUAGGUCCAGGGUUUCGAAGCGUUCCGGGAGUUCAUGGUCACUCAAUCGAAAUUUACGUGUUGUUGAAUCUCAUUCUAGAUCUUCAAAGAUAUGGAAAAUUUCUUGCUUUAAGCAUGAGGAAUCUUCGCCGCGCAUCCCUGAGUCUGAAUUUUUAGAAGAGAAUAAGCUGCCCGAGGAACUAGGCAAGGAAGAAUUUGAUCAAUCAACCGCUGUAAGAAAGAACUGGUUUUCAAGUUUUCGAAAGGCUGCAGAUGGAGUUUUUAGAAUACCAGAUAAACCUUGGACAGUACCAUGGACAGCAGAGACCAUUCUUAAGGUUAUGCUCCUCUGGAUUGCUUCAUUCUGGUUCGUUGGAUCUUGGAUAAUCCCUUUCCUGGCCCAUGCAGCUGGCUUCAGCAAAGAAUCUCUGACAUAUAGAGGCCAAGCCCUGUACAGCCUUUUGACAGACUUGGCUGAAGGCCUUGCUGGGAUUGCAAUCCUACAUCGCUGCCUUGCAAAAUUCCAUCCCCUUCCAUCUGAUUGGUUUCGAUUCAGCCUGAGCGGGAACUGGCAGUUCGAUGUUGGCUUGGGUUGCCUCAUGUUCCCCCUGGUCAAUCAGUUAUCGCAGGUCAACCUCGACCUGUUGCCUCUUCUGCCUUCAACACCUGUCACUGUGUCAAGUGUCGAGCAAUCAAUUAUGGCUCGUGACCCAGUAGCAAUGGCCCUCUAUGCAAUAGUAGUUUCAGUGUGUGCCCCGGUGUGGGAGGAGAUUGUCUUCCGGGGAUUCCUUCUUCCUUCCUUGACAAGGUACAUGCCUGUAUGGUGCUCAAUCAUGGUGAGUUCACUGGCCUUCGCCUUGGCACAUUUCAAUGCCCAACGUAUGCUUCCGCUUAUCUUCCUUGGUGUGGUGAUGGGUGCUGUCUUUGCACGAUCUAGGAACUUGUUGGCAUCAAUGCUAUUGCAUAGCCUGUGGAAUGGUUUUGUAUUCUUAGAUCUAAUGAAAUAACAUUCUUGUUUGUAGUUUGUAAUUAUAAAUGAGGAAUCAGUUGGUCACUGUUCCA